CUACGUUUUGCUUUCUUACUGAUAUGGCUACGUUUUGCUUUCUUACUGAUAUGGCUACGUUUUGCUUUACUGGUAUGGCUACGUUUUGCUUUCUUACUGAUAUGACUACGUUUUGCUUUCUUACUGGUAUGACUACGUUUUGCUUUCUUACUGAUAUGGCUACGUUUUGCUUUACUGGUAUGGCUACGUUUUGCUUUCUUACUGAUAUGACUACGUUUUGCUUUCUUACUGAUAUGACUACGUUUUGCUUUCUUACUGGUAUGACUACGUUUUGCUUUCUUACUGAUAUGGCUACGUUUUGCUUUCUUACUGAUAUGGCUACGUUUUGCUUUACUGGUAUGGCUACGUUUUGCUUUCUUACUGAUAUGGCUACGUUUUGCUUUCUUAUUGAUAUGACUACGUUUUGCUUUCUUACUGAUAUGGCUACGUUUUGCUUUACUGGUAUGGCUACGUUUUGCUUUCUUAUUGGUAUGGCUACGUUUUGCUUUCUUACUGAUAUGGCUACGUUUUGCUUUACUGGUAUGACUACGUUUUGCUUUCUUACUGGUAUGGCUACGUUUUGCUUUCUUAUUGAUAUGACUACGUUUUGCUUUCUUACUGGUAUGACUACGUUUUGCUUUCUUACUGAUAUGGCUACGUUUUGCUUUACUGGUAUGACUACGUUUUGCUUUCUUAUUGAUAUGACUACGUUUUGCUUUCUUACUGGUAUGACUACGUUUUGCUUUCUUACUGGUAUGACUACGUUUUGCUUUCUUACUGAUAUGACUACGUUUUGCUUUCUUACUGAUAUGACUACGUUUUGCUUUCUUACUGGUAUGACUACGUUUUGCUUUCUUAUUGGUAUGACUACGUUUUGCUUUCUUACUGAUAUGACUACGUUUUGCUUUCUUACUGGUAUGACUACGUUUUGCUUUCUUAUUGGUAUGACUACGUUUUGCUUUCUUACUGAUAUGACUACGUUUUGCUUUCUUACUGAUAUGACUACGUUUUGCUUUCUUACUGGUAUGACUACGUUUUGCUUUCUUACUGGUAUGACUACGUUUUGCUUUCUUACUGGUAUGACUACGUUUUGCUUUCUUACUGAUAUGACUACGUUUUGCUUUCUUACUGGUAUGACUACGUUUUGCUUUCUUACUGGUAUGACUACGUUUUGCUUUCUUACUGAUAUGACUACGUUUUGCUUUCUUACUGGUAUGACUACGUUUUGCUUUCUUACUGAUAUGACUACGUUUUGCUUUCUUACUGGUAUGACUACGUUUUGCUUUCUUAUUGAUAUGACUACGUUUUGCUUUCUUACUGGUAUGACUACGUUUUGCUUUCUUAUUGAUAUGACUACGUUUUGCUUUCUUAUUGAUAUGGCUACGUUUUGCUUUCUUACUGAUAUGGCUACGUUUUGCUUUCUUACUGAUAUGGCUACGUUUUGCUUUCUUAUUGAUAUGGCUACGUUUUGCUUUCUUAUUGAUAUGGCUACGUUUUGCUUUCUUACUGAUAUGGCUACGUUUUGCUUUCUUACUGAUAUGGCUACGUUUUGCUUUACUGGUAUGGCUACGUUUUGCUUUCUUAUUGAUAUGACUACGUUUUGCUUUCUUAUUGAUAUGGCUACGUUUUGCUUUCUUACUGGUAUGGCUACGUUUUGCUUUCUUACUGAUAUGGCUACGUUUUGCUUUCUUACUGAUAUGGCUACGUUUUGAAACUUUCUCCUGUGCUCUUCUUGGUAUAGCUAUUACCAUAUCUGUGCUUAUUGCUUUGUUUGGAUUAGUCGCCCUGUAGGAUCAUUUUUUUGCAGUAGAACGCCUGCUGUGAAUUUUCAUGCCAUUUGGCAUGGGUGCUGGGGGACUCCUUCCCACACAACCUAACUCAGUUGGCAUGAUUACUGACAGAGGAGAGCAACAACACUAUAUUAUAAGCCUACAAACCAGCAAUAUGUUUUUCUGCUAAAUGCCCUAUUUUUACUCAGCUCCCUCUCACAUCAAUUAAUUUUUUCCCCAUAGAUAUGUACCCACAGUGUCAUGUCUCUACCUUGCAUCUUCCUUAGGAAUGAUACUGACCUUACCCUCUCAUAAGUGCCAUGACUCCCCAUCCAAGACUCCCUACUGCCCAGGGCUAUGCUGUUUGUAUCGGACUGACCCCUCAGACUCGGUGAAGCCUCUUACUGGGGCCUGGUCUGUUACUGUGAGUGGAGCAGAGUCCCACAGUUCAGAGGUGCAGUCUGACAGCCCAGGAGCCCGUGGAGAAGCCUGUGAUUUGUGGGUUUUACCGUGUUGCACUCAGUGCCUCUAAUUGGCUUCAUCCAUGUCAUUCAUCUUUCUGCCUGGGUAAUGAAUGGGGUUUUUAUUCUCAUAAGUAAUUCCAUGUGGGUUGUGUUUGUAUGCCACUGCCCUUUUUAAAAUAUUUUUCUUAAUUUGAUUGAUCGCAAUCUGUUGAUGUCUGGCAGAUUUUAUUUAGACAUCACUAGCUAGGUUUCCAUCCAAUUGAUGACAGAUUUUCAUGCAAAUAUUCUCAAAUCUGCAUAAAAGCAAUGCCAGAUAUGUUUCCAUAUUUACUUGUUGUGGAUAAAAAGCUGUGCCUGAUGUAGUGCACACAAAAUGUACUUUUUCGCUUAAAUUGUCAUGUACUGAAAAAAAAUCUGAAAUACAGUGUGUUCCCAUUGCAUGUUGAUGUACGGAUAGUUUUGUCACAAACUGUUGUGUUAAAUAGCAAAUGUGCUACUCUGGUCUCUCUAGCCAACAGCUCGCAGAUGUGGUGGAUGUAGGCUAGUCUACAUGAGAUUAUUAUGGAUAUUUGAAUAUUUGUCAAGCAUUGAUUAUCAUGUCACCAGAAUAAGACCCUCGAUAUUUAUUGGAAAGGAGCAUCAAGAUCACCGUGCACUUUCACCACCCUGUUAUUUCAUCUGUAGCCUAAUAAACUGUAGUUUCCCAAAUUGUAUUAGGAGGACCACACACCAUGUCAUUGCGUGACUUCAAGUUUACUUUGAUUUGAUGGUUAUUAUAUCAAUAUUUACGCGUAAAGGCGUUUCCACCACCGUUCCUUGAAAUAAUACAUUUUAAUGACACAAAGAUCCCACCAUGUCGAACGAACAAAAUAUCUGUCAGCAUUUAUACAUUUGUACCGAAACUUCCAGUUUCCAUCACAGCUGUCGGGAUAUAUUUUCUUUAUAAGGUUGGACUUUGCUCGCAUUAACUGGAUGGGAACAUAGUUACUGACUGGGAACAGAAAUCUCUCAAGGCAAAUGUGUUAUGAUGUGAUUGUAGAUCCCUUGUUUCUUAUUCUACAGUUUGCCUAGAUGCUUAAAUUAUUAGCCUCUAGUUUGUAUAGUAGCAUGAAUGAUCUUCAUUUGUAGGCUACAAAACAAGAUCUACUUAAACUGCCAGACUGGACCCAAUGAUCAAUGGCAUAGUCUACUCCACAAACAAGGCAUAUACACAGUGGCAGUGCUCCUCAGUGGGCCUACUGAGCAUGUGUAGUGCAGACAGGAAGCAGGUGUUCAGUUUGUUAAACAAGGCGAGUGUAUGUGCGCAGUCAUCACCCCAGGCACGUUAUGGAUCACUCAGCCUUCAGUAAGGGGCUGAGAGCGAUGAUGCUACCUUGGCCAGAAAACAGUCCUCUCAGCUGUGUGUGUGUGAAGGAGAAAGACCCCCCUCCACCCCGGCUUUAGAACAGGUGGGGAGCAGCAGAUUGUGUCCCGUCCCCCUCCUCCAGCCUGGGUCUCUUAAAGGAAAAUUCCACCCCAAAACUAUAUUUUUCUAUUUGUUUCAUUUGUCCAUUGUUGACGUAAUCCCAACAUAUUUUUCUUUCAAAAUACAGAAAUCCUCCCCAUAUGAUGCAUUUUUGCAUCAUAUGCUGCGUUUUGCAUUAUAUGAUGCAAAAUGCAUCAUACAGGAUGAUUUUCUGUAUUUUGAAAGUUACAUCUCUUAAGUUGAUUACUGACACAUAGGGUUGGAAACUUUCUGGGAAAUUUCUGGAAAUUUUCCAUGGGAAGUUAAGCCUGGGAAUUUUGCUUAAAUUCAUCAAAGUUAACUUCUAACGGUGGACUUUUUUUGUGGGAUACACAAGGCAAUUCUAGGUCUUGUGGCAUAUUUUAGUUAAACUAUCCCCAACUCAAUGGAAUUGCAACCCUCUGCAUGCACAGUGCAUUCUUCCAUCACAUGUGCAGUGCACUCUUCCAUCACAUGUACAGCUGAUUCUCAAGAUCUUGCACACUAAUGAGAUGCUAUUGAGCCCACACUACUACACUGUCUGAGCCAAGGACUACAUGCGUUCUGGAAAAUGCCACGGACACUAUCUGAUGUGUGGAGACAUUUUACUGCAACUAAUGUAGAAGGAAAAUCUGUGUACUUUUGCGAAUACUGUACCAAAUCACAUGUGAAGAAUGCAACAAAGAUGCAGAAUCAGCUGGCCAAGUGCAUAAAGUUCCCUCAGCGCUCACAACAAGCAACCUCUGACAAAAGUCCCUCUACUUCUAUUCGGGGUGAAAAUGAUGAAUCAAACACCUUAUCGAUAGCAACAGCUCAUGGUCCUCCUGGAAUCAGAAGUUUUUUUGACUCAAUGGAGGAACGUAGUCAGAGAAAUGCUUAUGAAUGUCUGGCAUGAGCUGUGUAUGCAACUGGUUCACUUCUGAUGCUCACAGGCAAUGGGUAUUAGAAGAGAUUUCUGAAUGUUCUUUGCCCAGCAUACACCCCUCCAACCAGACAUGCUUUAUCAACUUAUUUGCUGGAUACAGAGUUCAAGUGAAGGUCAACCAAAUCAUAGAGAAAGCAGACUGUAUUGCAGUCAUCUCUAAUGGGUGGUCAAAUGUUCGUGGGCAAGGAAUAAUUAACUACAUCUUCACCCCUGAACCAGUAUUCUACAAGAGCACAGACACUAGGGACAACAGACACACGGGUCUCUACAUUGCAGAUGAGCUGAAGGCGGUCAUCAAUGACCUUGGACCACAGAAGGUAUUUGCACUGGUGACAGACAAUGCUGUGGACAUGAAGGCUGCUUGGUCUAAAGCAGGGGUGUCAAACUCAUUUCGCAUCGUGGGCCACAUACGGCCUAGGGAGAUGUCAAGUGGGCCGGACCAUUAAAAUUAUACCAUACUCUGCUAUAAAUAACCAAAAUAUCAUGUCUUUCCUUUGUUUUGGUGUAAAGAAGCACAAGAACAUUAGGAAAAUAUUGAAAUUUAAUGAACUAUCCUUUUACAAAACAUUUCAUGAAACACCUCAUAUUUCCUUAGACAAAUGUGCAAUUUACUUUUAUCAUUCACAAAUAUGCAUUGCAACUGAUCCCACUGAUUGUACAAAGGCACAAAACUUUAAUUGGUACUGAAAAAUAUAGUAAUGCACUUUAAGAUUAAAUGAGACUUUUAAAGAAAGGAAUUUUUAAACCACUUACACAUACGCAUAUAAAAUCUAAAUGUAAUCCCUGCGUACACCUUACAAACUAAGGAGAGUGAUUUUAAAUGUGUAAUGAAGAAAGUGUUCGCCUGUCCUGUAAAUCUGUAAACUUCAUACAUGAAACAUACAUACACAUACAAUACAUACUGAAAAUUUAUGGAGUUGUAUGAACAGUAGAAUUCCAUCACACAACUUUUGUUUUGAAGCUGCUGACUAACAUUAAAGUGCAAAUUUUUUAAAUCACCACAGUAAGGAUUCAUCUUCACAGAGCUGUAUUCUUUCAAUGCAAACAGUAUCUAAGGCAGCAUUUUAAAGGUGUUAGUCUAGUCUGGACUUGUAUUUGUUCCUGAAACUUGGCAUCUUUUGGCCUGUACAAGUGCAUCAACACCAGGUGUCAUGUCCUGACUAGCUGUCACUUUCAGAAUGUCAUUUAAGUGCUUGUUUGUGAGCCUUGAACGCAUUUUUGUUUUAUUGAUAUUCAUCACUGAGAAUUUGUUCACAAAGGUAGGUUGUCCCAAACAUGCACAAAACUUUAGCAGCCAGGGCUGUUAAUUUGGGGUACCCUGGUAGUAGAUACUGAUAAAAUCUGUCCAGACCUACAGAGGCAAAUUUGCCCUUCAAAUCUGCAUCACACUGGUAGCUGGCUUUUACCGCUGCUUCACUGACUUCUCGGCUCUGGAUGAAAGUUGACUGCUGUUUCCUCAGACCCGCCAGCAAUUCGUUAAUCUUAUCUCUUCUCAGUUGUCCUUGCAAGCCGUCAUAUUUUUCGCUGUGAUGAGUCUCGUAGUGGCGUCGAAUAUUAUAUUCCUUCAAUACCGAAACUUGUUGCAAACACACCAAGCACGAAGGUUUUCCGUGCAUCUCUGUAAAUAAAUAGGACGUGGUCCAUUUUUCUUUGAAAAUUCUACACUCCUUAUCUACUUUUCUCCGUUUGGAUAACGACAUUUUGGCUAAUGAGGGUGUAGCGGAGAGGUAGAGACCAAGGUAUUAACAACGUCGUAACAAGCAGCAGAUGGCGCAUUGAUACCGUCUGCUGUUUUCAGUCUGUCUCAGUGAUGCGGCUUGUCUUCUACUCUGAUGGAAAGAGUGCGCCCCUUAGCGGAUAAUCCAUGAAUUGCAGCGAAUUAAAAAUAUUAAUUCCAUGUCUUUUAUGCAUUUUUUCCACUUUCAAAUUAUCCUGCGGGCCUGAUCGAACCUCCUUGGGGGCCGGUUCCGGCCCGCGGGCCGUAUGUUUGACACCCCUGGUCUAAAGCCAUUGGCUGUGCUGCUCAUGCAUUGAAUCUGCUCCUCAAGGACAUCAUGGCACUGAAAACAAUGAAUACGCUCUACAAGGGAGCCAAGGAAAUGGUUAGGUAUGUGAAGGGUCAUCAAGUUAUAUCAGCAAUCUACCUCACCAAGCAAAGUGAGAAGAAUAAGAGCACCACAUUGAAGCUGCCUAGCAACACCCAUUGGGGUGGUGUUGUCAUCAUUUUUGGCAGUCUCCUGGAGGGGAAGGAGUCUCCAAGAAAUGGCCAUAUCACACUCUGCCAAUAUGGACAGCCCCAUCAAGAGGAUCCUCCUGGAUGAUGUAUUUUGGGAGAGAGUGGUAAGCAGCCUGUAACUCCUGAAACCUAUAGCAGUAGCAAUUGCACAGAUUGAGAGAGACAAUGCUAUCCUGUCUGAUGUUCAGACUCUGCAUGCAGAUGUAAGAGAAGAAAUCCGAACUGCCCUGCCCACUUCCCUGUUGCUCCAAGCAGAGGAAACUGCAGUUCUGAAAUACAUCAAAAAAGCGUGAAGACUUCUGCCUGAAGCCCAUACACGCCGCAGCGUACAUGUUGGACCCCAAGUAUGCUGGCAAGAGCAUCCUGUCUGGUGCAGAGAUCAACAAGGCCUAUGGUGUCAUCACUACCGUGUCUCGCCACCUUGGCUUGGAUGAGGGCAAGGUUCUUGGCAGUCUGGCGACGUACACUUCCAAGCAAGGGCUUUGGGAUGGAGAUGCAAUAUGGCAGUCGUGCCAACAUAUCUCAUCAGCCACCUGGUGGAAGGGACUUUGUGGAUCUGAGGCUCUUUCCCCUGUUUCCUCCAUCAUCCUCCAAAUCCCACCAACAUCAGCUGCCUCAGAGCACAACUGGUCCUUGUUGGGAACACACACACCAAAGCACGCAACAGGCUGACCAAUACAAGGGUUUAAAAAUUGGUGGCCAUCCGGGCAAAUUUGAGGCUUUUUGAGCCUGACAAGAAGCCAUCCUCAACAAGGUUGGAAAGUGAAUGUGAAGAUGAGGCCUCAGAGUCUGAUGUUCAAGAGGUGGACAUUGAGGAGGUCCAGGGAGAAGAAAUGGGAAGCCUGAGAGGAAGACAAUCAAAGUUUAAGUUUCUAGACUAUCAUUUUACAGAUGUAUGUUUAAAACAUUUUUGGAAGAUGCAAUGGAUCUUUGGGGAUCAUUCAAUAUUCCCUUUUGUUGUUCAAUGAAAUCAUCCCAUGUGAAGCGUCAACUCAUUUAAUUAAAGUUCAAUUCGUAACGAAAUCGUUUUUUUUUUCUAUUGAAAGGAUUUAAUCAUUUGCAAUUAUGUCUACUUAUGAUGAGGUAAAAUGUUUGUUUCUGUCUCCAUAUAUGGUAAAUAUGUCCAAUGCAAAAAAACAUGUAAAUGUUAUUAAUUUGCAUAUUUCUGUUAAUCCCCAUCUAUUCCCACGGAAAGUUUCCACCUCUGAAUUUUCCCGAAAAUGUACAACCCUACUGACAAGCAACACAAUUUGGGACUAUGUCAACAACGGACUAAUAGAUUUGGGGUGGGAUUUUCCUUUUAAGUACCCCCUGUCUUCCCCCUGUCUCUAUAGACAGAGGGAGGUUCCUCAGUAGCCUGUGGUCUGUGGACUUCCAGAACUGCUCAGGCCUAAACAAACUGGUACUGAAAAAACCUGACACACAAAAAUUAGUAUUUUGCCUUUUGCAAUAGAACCUAUUAGCAGAGAGAUGCAGUCUUAUGGCUUUAAAUCCAAUUGCAUGACUAAAUAUUGUAAACAUAAUAGGAGCUAUUAGGGCUAGAUUUACACUUCGUCACUAGCUGUGUGACGCUGCUCAUGGAUAUUUCACAGCCUUCUGUUAUCAGAGCUCCGUUGUUUUAUUACGGCAGUUUUCAAUUAUACGGAGGAUUAUUGCAGGGCUUUCCUCUGACCUGUGACAAGUGAGCGACGACAGAAACCACCCCAGUGGUCUUCUGGUGUUGGCUUCAAAAUCUCUUUCAUUUCAAUUAGGGGGCCUACAGACCCCGUCAGUAGCCUGUGGAGAGGGUGAAAGUGGUGUGUCCUGGUCUGAUGGUGUGCCCUGCUUUCAUGUCAGCGGGAUGUCACUGGCUGGUUAAUAGUCCAAUGGACUGGAGAAGCUUUAGGAAAGUGGAUUGAGAGGGGCUUUUUAAGAGGGGCUAUUUGAAGGAAGACUUUAAAAAAUAUAUAUAAUCAAAUGCUGAGGCAAUUUAUCUGAAUUUUAGCUAUAUAACCAAACGCUGUCCUUCUAGAUUCCUCAACCUUCUCCUUUAUUCAUUUCGUUGAAUGUAUUUCUUGCAGCAAGGACAUCCUCUGUUUGACUUCACCUCCGCGAUUGUAGCGUAUCUCGUCCAUGAGAAUAUGAGGUAUGAGAGUUAUGUAAAAGCUCAUUCGUAUUCCGCAAGCUCUGGGUACUUGGAGAAUAAGCUGAUGAUAGAAUAUUCAUCCCUCUUUUCCCAACCGUAGGCUUUUCCAGGAAAAGGAAACAACUCUGCCAACACAAACAAACAGUGACAGGGUGAGACAGCUUGUUAAACAACACGGGGAUUCCUGUCGGUGCAUUCAAGCACAGGAACUCUAGCAGGUUCAUUGUUUUAUUUAUGGUAAUUGCCAGCCAUCCUUUAGACGGUCCUUUUUCCUUGAGUGAGUGACUGACUGACUGACAGACAGUUGUCAAGGUGACGAUGGCGGUUGAGUCAAUUUGAGUUCACACUUGAUUUAUGGUUAAUUUCUGUGCCAUGGCAGGACUCUUUCCCUGGUGUCAUCUGCUCACUGAAGCAGGUAAUGAAUCUGGAUCUAACUGAAGGUUUUACUGUGCAGGAAUCCUUGUCUCUUUAUUUGUCUUUGUAUUUAAUACAGUAGGCAAUGUCAGAUACAUCAUACUGUAUGGAGUCAGGUGAUGAGAGUUUAUUCUUUGGGUGCAGUAUGUCUUUGAUCUGCCCCCUAUAUCUCCCUCCAGAAAUGUUUCUGCAUGGUUGUUACCCAUGGGCUGACCCUUAGCAACCUUUUCCAUGGUAUCACUGUCAUGUAAAACAAUGUUAAUUAUUAGGAAGAACAAACUGUAUCCCAAAGGUCUUUCUAGGAAGAAAAUAAGUCCAACUGUAUGUCAGUACCUUACAUAUUAAAUGUAUUGAGAAUCUCGAUAACCUCAGAAUCGUUGGCUGCUUUGUAUGAACAUGCUUGAACAUCACUGUCUGUUCCUUGUUCUACUUCAUCUCAUGGGUGAAUCAGAUUCGGGACAACUACAGCGUGUUCCUCAUGUGCUAGCAGCAGCUUUGAUCGCAAAACCAGCUAUGAUUACCACCCACCCUAACUGAAAAUUUGUGACUCAAUCAGGAUACUGCUGUAAUAACUAGGGUUUGGCAGUAUGGUCAUACUGUUUCUGUACCAUACCGGGGUAUAGGUGUUACCGGGAGUGCGGGUCAGAAGGUUGUGGGUUUACAGACAAGUAGGGGUGAAAAGAUCUCCUUUAUAGUUUCAAGCAUCGCAUUAAUUUAUCAUCGUAUUUGCAGGUAUGAAAAUGUCAUGCAAUUCUACGUAAUCUUUUGUUAAAAUUAAUAAUUUAUUUUUAUUCACCCCAUUUUCAUGGUAUCCAAUUGUCUCAUCGCUGCAACUCCCAUACGGACUCGAGAGGCGCAGGUCGAGAGCCGUGCAUCCUCCGAAACACAACCCAACCAAGCCAGACUGCUUCUUGACACAAUGCCCACUUAACCCGGAAGCCAGCUGCACCAAUGUGUCGGAGGACACACCGUACACCUGGCGACCGUGUCAGCGUGCACUGCUCCCGGCCCGCCACAGGAGUCGCUAGUGCGCGGACAUCCCUGCCGGCCAAACCCUCCCCUAACCCGGAUGACGCUGGGCCAAUUGUGCGCCGCCCCAUGGGUCUCCUGGUUGCGGCCGGCUGUGACAGAACCUGGACUUGAACCCAGAAUCUCUAGUGGCACAGCUAGCACUGCGAUGCAGUGCCUUAGACCACUGUGCCACUCGGGAGGCUUUGCCAUUUUAGAUAUUAGCAGAAUCUUUUUUUAAUACCACACAAAUUACCAAAAUUACAGGCUAAAAAAUGGACGGAGAGGCCUGUGUGUUCAUCUCAUCAUAUUUCUCCAAUGCCAAAUGAGUGUGUCUUGUUUGCAAAGAAACUGUCACUAUUUUGCAAAUAAUUAAAUCUGAGGCGCCAUAAGGAAUCUGAGCAUGGUACGGUACUUUCAAAAGUUAGGCCUACCUUUCUACCCCAGACAAAGUAGGCCUACCGAUGCAGAAAAAUGUAAGCUUUAAGUGCUGGCUACUCUUCUUCCGUGGCUUAACCCAGUGAGAGAAGGUCACAAGUGUUUCCCUAAAAGCUGUCUGGGUUUAAACAUCUUCCAUUGUACAAGUCAAUAGCUUAAUCAAUUGAUAGUGACAGAAUUACAGUGCCUUCGGAAAGUAUUCAGACCUUGACUUUUUCCACAUUUUCUUUACAGCCUUGUUCUAAAAUGUAUUAAAUUGUUUUUUUCAUCAAUCUACACACAAUACCCCAUAAUGACAGCAAAAACAGGUUUUAGAAAUGUUUGCUAAUUUCUGUAAUUUAAAAAAAACGGAAAUAUGACAUUUACAUAAGUAUUCAGACUGUUUACUCAGGCCCUUCUCCCCUGAUUGCUCAGUUUGGCCGGUUGGCCAGCUCUAGAAAGAGUCUUUGAGGUUCUAAACUUCUUCCGUUUAAGACUAAUUGUGUUCUUGGGGACCGGCAAUGCUACAGAAAUAUUUUGGUAUUCUUCACCCGAUCUGUGCCUCGACACAAUCCUGUCUCGGAACUCUUGGCUUGGUUUUUUUCUCUGACAUGCACUGUCAACUGUGGGACCUUAUAUAGACAGGUGUGUGCCUUUUCCAAAUCAUGUCAAAUCAUUUGAAUUUACCACAGGUGGACUCAAAUCAAGUUGUAGAAACAUCUCAAGGAUGAUCAAUGGAAACAGGAUCCACUUGAGCUCCAUUUGAGUCUCAUAGCAAAUGGUCUGAAUACUUAUGUGGAGGUAUUUUUAUUUUUUAGUACAUUUGAAAAUCUUUCUAAAAACCUCUUCACUUUUUCAUCAUGGGGUAUUGUUUGUUGAUUGAUGAGGAACAUUUAUUUAAUACAUUACAGCCGUAUUCUAAAAUGUGGAAAAAGUCAAGAGGUCUGAAUACUUUCCAAAUGCACUGUAUGUGUUAAUCCCUUCAUUUACACACUUAUUGAAAAGACAGAUCACCUGUGUGGUGCUGUGAUUAUGUAAAUGCAUAACACUAAUGUCUGCUGGCUAUGUAGCCUAAAUGACAACCCAUUAGCUAUAGCCUUAUAGCCAUUAUCUUUUUGUUUAAGUAACAAACUGACCAGGAAACAGGACAACAUGAUUUCUAUGAUCCGGACGAUUAUUUUUGAAUGCUCCUCAGCCGAUUUGCUAUAAAGGCUUGAGUGGGUGGGAACAUUUUUAAAUGGCCCAUAUGUGGGGGAAAAGAGCUCAAAUGUCAUACAGCCUAAAACGCUGAAAUUGUACCCACAGUACUUUUAUUUCUGUUGCUCUCUCUCCUUUUAAAAAUAUAUUUUUAUAUUUAAUUUAGCCCGAAUUAAGGCAUGAUAACAGGGACAUUUUAUAGUGCCUUAUGAAAGUACUCAUACCCCUUGACUUAGUCUGAAUUCAAAAUGGAUUAAAUAGAUUUUUCCUCACUUAUUUAUAUACAAUACCCUUCAUGUCAAAUAGAAAUGUUAGCAAAUUUAUUGAAAAUGAAAUACAGAAAUAUAGAAUUUACAUAAGUAUUCACACCCCUGAGUCAAUACAUGUUAAAAUCAUACACUGCUCAAAAAAAUAAAGGGAACACUUAAAUAACACAAUGUAACUCCAAGUCAAUCACACUUCUGUGAAAUCAAAUUGUCCACUUAGGAAGCAACACUGAUUGACAAUAAAUUUCACAUGCUGUUGUGCAAAUGGAAUAGACAAAAGGUGGAAAUCAUAGGCAAUUAGCAAGACACCCCCCAAAACAGGAGUGAUUCUGCAGGUGGUGACCACAGACCACUUCUCAGUUCCUAUGCUUCCUGGCUGAUGUUUUGGUCACACUUGAAUGCUGGCGGUGCUCUCACUCUAGUGGUAGCAUGAGACGGAGUCUACAACCCAUACAAGUGGCUCAGGUAGUGCAGUUCAUCCAGGAUGGCACAUCAAUGCGAACUGUGGCAAAAAGGUUUGCUGUGUCUGUCAGCGUAGUGUCCAGAGCAUGCAGGCGCUACCAGGAGACAGGCCAGUACAUCAGGAGACGUGGAGGAGGCCGUAGGAGGGCAACAACCCAGCAGCAGGACCGCUACCUCCGCCUUAGUGCAAGGAGGUGCACUGCCAGAGCCCUGCAAAAUGACCUCCAGCAGGCCACAAAUGUGCAUGUGUCUGCUCAAACGGUCAGAAACAGACUCCAUGAGGGUGGUAUGAGGGCCUGACGUCCACAGUUGGGGGUUGUGCUUACAGCCCAACACCGUGCAGGACGUUUGGCAUUUGCCAGAGAACACCAAGAUUGGCAAAUUCGCCACUGGCGCCCUGUGCUCUUCACAGAUGAAAGCAGGUUCACACUGAGCACAUGAGCACAUGUGACAGACGUGACAGAGUCUGGAGACGCCGUGGAGAACGUUCUGCUGCCUGCAACAUCCUCCAGCAUGACCGGUUUGGCGAUGGGUCAGUCAUGGUGUAGGGUGGCAUUUCUUUGUGGGGCCGCACAGCCCUCCAUGUGCUCGCCAGAGGUCGCCUGACUGCCAUUAGGUACCGAGAUGAGAUCCUCAGACCCCUUGUGAGACCAUAUGCUGACACAUGCACAUUUGUGGCCUGCUGGAGGUCAUUUUGCAGGGCUCGGGCAGUGCACCUCCUUGCACUAAGGCGGAGGUACCGGUCCUGCUGCUGGGUUGUUGCCCUCCUACGGCCUCCUCCACGUCUCCUGAUGUACUGGCCUGUCUCCUGGUAGCGCCUCCAUGCUCUGGUCACUACGCUGACAGACACAGAAAACCUUUUUUCCACAGUUCGCAUUGAUGUGCCAUCCUGGAUGAACUGCACUACCUGAGCCACUUGUGUGGGUUGUAGACUCCGUCUCAUGCUACCACUAGAGUGAGAGCACCGCCAGCAUUCAAAAGUGACCAAAACAUCAGCCAGGAAGCAUAGGAACUGAGAAGUGGUCUGUGGUCACCACCUGCAGAAUCACUCCUGUUUUGGGGGGUGUCUUGCUAAUUGCCUAUAAUUUCCACUUUUUGUCUAUUCCAUUUGCACAACAGCAUGUGAAAUUUAUUGUCAAUCAGUGUUGCUUCCUAAGUGGACAGUUUGAUUUCACAGAAGUGUGAUUGACUUGGAGUUACAUUGUGUUGUUUAAGUGUUCCCUUUAUUUUUUUGAGCAGUGUAUUUUGGCAACGAUUUACGGCUAAGAGCUUCGCACGCCUGGGUUGUACAAUAUUUGCCCAGUCUUUUUAAAAUUCUUCAAGCUCUGCCAAAUUGGUUGUUGAUCAUUGCUAGACAACCAUUUUCAUGUUCUGACUUAAAUUGUCUUGAAAAUUUAACUUGGCCACUCAGGAAACUUCAAUGUCAUCUUGGUAAGCAACUCCAGUGUAUAUUUGGCCUUGUGUUUUAGGUUAUUGUCCUGCUGAAAGGUGACAACCUCUCUGUGUCUGGUGGAAAGCAGACUGAACCAGGUUUUCCUCUAGGAUUUUGCCUGUGCCUGCUGCCUUCUGUUUCUUUUUAUCCUGAAAAACUCUCCAGUCCUUAAUGAUUACAAGCAUACCCAUAACAUGAUGCAGCCACCACUAUGCUUGAAAAUAUGGAGAGUGAUACUCAGUAAUGUGUUGUAUUGGAUUUACCCCAAACAUAACACUUUGUAUUAAGGACAGAAUAUUAAUUGCGUUGCCACUUUUUUUGCAGUAUUAAUUUUGCCUUGUUGCAAAAAGGAAACAGGUUUUGGAAUGUUUGUAUUUUAUAAAUGUUUUUAAUUUCUGUCAAUUAGUCUAGCAUUGUGGAGUAACUACAAUGUUGCUGAUCCAUCCUCAGUUUUCUCCUAUCACAGCCAUUAAACUCUAACUGUUUUUUAAAGUCACCAUUGGCCUCUUGGUGAAAUCACUGAGCGGUUUCCUUCCUCUCCGGCAACUGAGUUAGGAAGGAUGCCUGUAAGGGAUAGUCAGUCUUUUUUUUGUUUAAUUUUUUUUACCCAUCUACCAAUCGGUGCCCUUCUUUGCGAGGCAUUGGGAAAAACCUCCCUGGUCUUUGUGGUUGAAUCUGUGUUUGAAAUGCACUACAUGACUGAGGGACCUUACAGAUCCUUGUAUAUGUGGGACACAGAGAUUAGGUCGUCAUUCAAAAAUCAUGUUGAACACUAUUACACACAGUGAGUCCAUGCAAAUUCUGUGACUUGUUAAGCACAUUUUUACUAAUGAACUUAUUUAGGCUUGCUUUAAGAAGGUGGUUGAAUACUUAUUGACUUAGAAAUGUUAUUUUUUAAAUAAAUUAGUAAAAAUAUCUAAACAAUUCUACUUUGACUUUAUGGGGUAUUGUGUGUAGGCCAGUGACAACAAAAAUCGACAUUUUAAAUGCAGGCUUUAACACAACAAUGUGGAAAAAAGUUAAGAGGCCUUUGACCUCCCUUGAUCAUUUUGUAAAAUGUAUAAUAGCCAAUCACUGUUGAGCUAAACUGAGUGCGCUCAGCUGUAAAUGGUCCUGGCGCACCGAAAACGUGUCAAGGGAAGCCAGUUAGGAUUUGGCUUCAGACCAAUCACAUCAGAAGCCAAACAUCGUUGACGUAAUAAUAUAUACACUGCUCAAAAAACUAAAGGGAACACUUAAACAACACAAUGUAACUCCAAGUCAAUCACACUUCUGUGAAAUCAAACUGUCCACUUAAGAAGCAACACUGAUUGACAAUAAAUUUCACAUGCUGUUGUGCAAAUGGAAUAGACAACAGGUGGAAAUUAUAGGCAAUUAGCAAGACACCCCCAAUAAAGGAAUGGUUCUGCAGGUGGUGACCACAGACCACUUCUCAGUUCCUAUGCUUCCUGGCUGAUGUUUUGGUCACUUUUGAAUGCUGGCGGUGCUUUCACUCUAGUGGUAGCAUGAGAUGGAGUCUACAACCCACACAAGUGGCUCAGGUAGUGCAGCUCAUCCAGGAUGGCACAUCAAUGCGAGCUGUGGCAAAAGGUUUGCUGUGUCUGUCAGCGUAGUGUCCAGAGCAUGGAGGCGCUACCAGGAGACAGGCCAGUACAUCUGGAGACGUGGAGGAGGCCGUAGGAGGGCAGCAGGACCGCUACCUCCGCCUUUGUGCAAGGAGUAGCAGGAGGAGCACUGCCAGAGCCCUGCAAAAUGACCUCCAUCAAGCCACAAAUGUGCAUGUGUCUGCUCAAACGGUCAGAAACAGACUCCAUGAGGGUGGUAUGAGGGCCCGACGUCCACAGGUGGGGGUUGUGCUUACAGCCCAACACCGUGCAGGACGUUUGGCAUUUGCCAGAGAACACCAAGAUUGGCAAAUUCGCCACUGGCGCCCUGUGCUCUUCACAGAUGAAAGCAGGUUCACACUGAGCACGUGACAGACGUGGCAGAGUCUGGAGACGCCGUGGAGAACGUUCUGCUGUCUGCAACAUCCUCCAGCAUGACCGGUUUGGCGGUGGGUCAGUCGUGGGGUGGCAUUUCUUUGGAGGGCCGCACAGCCCUCCAUGUGCUCGCCAGAGGUAGCCUGACUGCCAUUAGGUACCGAGAUGAGAUCCUCAGACCCCUUGUGAGACCAUAUGCUGGUGCGGUUGGCCCUGGGUUCCUCCUAAUGCAAGACGAUGCUAGACCUCAUGUGGCUGGAGUGUGUCAGCAGUUCCUGCAAGAGGAAUGCAUUGAUGCUAUGGACUGGUCCGCCCAUUCCCCAGACCUGAAUUCAAUUGAGCACAUCUGGGAGAUCAUGUCUCGCUCCAUCCACCAACGCCCCGUUGCACCACAGACUGUCCAGGAGUUGGCGGAUCCUUUAGUCCAGGUCUGGGAGGAGAUCCCUCAGGAGACCAUCCGCCACCUCAUCAGGAGCAUGCCCAGGCGUUGUAGGGAGGUCAUACAGGCACGUGGAGGCCACACACACUACUGAGCCUCAUUUUGACUUGUUUUAAGGACAUUACAUAAGUUGGAUCAGCCUGUAGUAUGGUUUUCCACUUUAAAUUUGAGUGUGACUCCAAAUCCAGACCUCCAUGGGUUGAUAAAUUUGAUUUCCAUUGAUAAUUUUUGUGUGAUUGUGUUGUCAGCACAUUCAACUAUGUAAAGAAAAAAAUAUUUAAUAAGAAUAUUUCAUUCAUUCAGAUCUAGGAUGUGUUAUUUUAGUGUUCCCUUUAUUUUUUUGAGCAGUGUAUAAUUGUGACGGGGAAAAAAUAUAAUUGUGUCGUCCUCCGGUGACCAGCUUGCUAAAAUAGGACCUUUCCUAAAUUAGCCAUAGAUGGGGAUUUGGACUUGUGGUUUUACUUUAUUCUCCGUACUCACCAAUUAUUAAAAUAGCGAUUCUGAUCCAACCACGAGAGGAUGGUAGUUCAACAUGUAGCUUGAUGUAGUAUGCUAAUGUUGACUAGCUGGCCUGGUGCAUCGUUGCCCAUGAAGUUAGGCUAGCGAGCAAGCAUUUUAGCCAAGUAGCCUAGGACAACAAAAACUAAGUGUGUACUGUAUGACAGUCGUAGACCGUUCAGGUUGUUUUUAGUAUGUUUUAGUUGUCACUAUUGGAAUAAGCAUAGGUGAGUUAGAUAAUGUUUAAAUUAAAAUGGUGCUGGAAUAGUGGAGGCAGCUCCGGUUUUCUUUGAAAUUUGCGGUAACUCCGUGGUUCUAAAUCAAGUUUUUUAGUAGUCCAAAAACGUUGGAAACAUUACCUUGCUUGACCAUUCUGUAGGUAAUGUAACUGUUUGUUACAUGCAAUAUGUUUUGUGGACUUCACCGGACAGAUGUUGCUCUCCGGUUUUGUGAUGAAAUAAAUGUUUAGUUGAAUUUA